AUGCCAUCUAAAAGCAGAAAAGUUACAUAUCAACAUUCGACUGAUCAAAAUACUGAUUAUCUCAUUCCAUUAAAAUCCGAUUGUAAUUCUUUAAUACCCACAAAAUUAAAACUACCGGAAAAUACUGUUUCGGCUGCCCCUCCGCGUCCAAAUGGCUUUUUUACUUCGAUGUAUUUUCCAAUUUCACUUGUUAUUUAUAUUAUCAUACCAAUAACACAACUAGUUGUUGGCUUCAUAUACGUCGGUCAAUGUCCUGUACAACAAAUGAUUGUUGUUUGGAUGGUGGUUAGUGGCUUUUUUGGUAUUUCAUUAGCAGUUAUUGGUAUGAUUAUUCAUAUACAAAGUCGUAAACAAUCACUAGCAUUAUCACCCUAUGAUAAUUAUCAGUUAUAUCCAUUAAUAAUUCGUGUUCUAAUACCAGCGUUUAUACUCAUUCUUUUAUUUAUAAUCAUUUGGUUUUUUGUUGGUCAAGUGUUAAUAUUUGAAGUUAAAUUACGUGUAGAAUUUUUCGAUCCUUCGCUACCGGAAUAUUGCCAUGCAAAUUUAUACAAAACCGCUUAUAUUCUCAUAUUUAUCGAUUAUCUUAUUUUUCUUCUAGUUAUCAUACUGAACGUACUUAGUUAUGUGGCACCACCAGGCGAGAGUGACAGUAGUAAAAGCCAUGAGAAAAGCAAAAUUCAACUAAUAAAUUAA